AUGCAGUUCAAUGUGCUCGUAUUGCUGCUGUUCUACAUAGCAGGUUUUGUUCAAGCACUCAAUCCACUUAGCAUCAAGGGCAACAAGUUUUUCGAUUCCAAAACCAAGAAACAGUUCUUUAUCAAAGGAGUCGCAUAUCAACCAAGAAAUGGAGAAAGCCAUCUUCGCAAUAACACAGAUGUGAUUAUCGAUCCUCUCACAGAUACAGCUGCGUGCAAGCGUGAUGCUGCAUUAAUGAAAAAGCUGGGUCUCAACUUGAUCCGAGUGUAUGAGGUGGAUCCCAGUAAGAACCAUGAUGGUUGCAUGCAAGCUUUUGAGAGUGCUGGUAUCUAUCUUUUGCUUGAUAUUGCCACGCCCAAAUUCUCCAUCAACCGGGAAACGCCUGAAUAUGACACAAGACUGUAUGCUGCAUACACCAAGACCGUAGACGCCUUCCUCAAGUAUAAUAACAUUAUGGGCUUCAUUGCUGGGAACGAGGUGACCAAUGACAAGUCCAAUACGCCUGCUUCAGCAUUCGUCAAGGCAGCUGUGCGUGAUAUCAAGAAGCACAUUCGUAGCAAUGGCAACAAGGAGAUCCCUGUUGGGUAUGCUGGCAACGACGAUGGGGACAUUCGAGAUGCCAUCAAGGACUACUUUGCAUGUGGUGCUGAAGAGGAACAAGCCGAUUUCUUUGGUGUCAACAUGUACGAAUGGUGUGGUCGAUCGUCGUUCCAAAAGUCGGGCUAUGCUGAAAGAACCAAGGAGUUCACAGGCUACACCAAGCCCGUAUUCAUGUCCGAAUAUGGAUGCAAUCUUGUAACACCACGUCCUUUCACUGAAGUUGAAGCUAUCUAUGGUCCUGAAAUGACAGGCGUAUGGUCUGGUGGUGUCGUAUACGAAUGGUCACAAGAACAAAACAACUACGGCCUGGUACAAAUCACUCCGGAUGGCAAAGCAAAGCCCUUGACAGAUUAUCACAAUUUGCAAAAGGCCCUUGCCCAAGUGGGUAGUGAUGAUGAACUUGCGGAGAAUGCAGCUACCAUGGAUGAUAUCAAGACUAGCAGCAACGUAUCAUGUCCAAGUGCAUCUGAUCAAUGGAAGGCAUCCACCAAAUUACCACCCACUCCUUCGGAUGAAGCUUGUAAUUGCAUGCGUGACAAUUUAUCAUGUAUGGCAUCGGAUAAGGUUAUUGGCACCAAUGGCAAGAUCACCAGUGCAGUGGGUGAGCAGAUCGAUAUGCUUUGUGGCAUGGUCUCGUGCGAUGACAUUAGCAACGAUGGCGAAAAGGGGCGAUAUGGUGCUUAUGCAUUUUGCAGCCCGACAGAGAAAUUGAGCUAUCUCUAUCAUCUUUACAUGGAGAACAACAAGGAUGGCAAAUGCGACUUUGAUGGAAAUGCAAAGGUCGCCAAACCCAAACGUAGCGAUAUGAACAAUUGUAGCAAAUUGGCUCCAUCAUCAAAUGGUGGUAGUGGGGGCGGUUCAUCAUCGAACCAUGGCAAGGAUAACGGAGACCCAGGGUCGUCAUCAUCAACUACCAGUGAUGCUGGGAGCAGUUGUCUCCUGCAGUAUUCACCUGCUGCUGCUGUAGGUGCCCUUUCGACGGCAUUGGCAUGCUUCCUGGCAAUCAUGAUAAUCACCACCUAG